UUCAAGCGCUACGCCGAAGCGUUGCAGAACGUGUGAUGAGCCCAACGGUCCCAGGAAGCAGCACUGCUUAUUUCAUAUUUUAUAAUAUUUACGAAGGGGGAUGCGUUGAAUUUUGAGGUCAGGGUUUACAAAUGAAGACAUUAAAAUAUUUUCUAAUUAAUUCAGGUUAGCUUUUUGUGAACGUCAGAGGAUUUUUGUUAUGAUUUGGCGUUAAUAUCGGCGAUGUUUACUGUGCAGCCCGAUAGGUUUCUCCAAAGGGUAGCCAGUAACUGGAGCGUGUAGCUUUAGGCUGCCUAAAUAUCAGUCAGAAAAAUACGAAAUAAGACAUUAUAAUUCUUCACCUGGGCCGUGGCUGGCGACAAGGCCAAUAAUUGACUCUGGAGCAGGACACGGAGGAUAGUAUGGCCAUGACGGGAGGGACUGCAGCUGCCCUUCCCAUGAGCAACCACACCCGAGAGAGGGUGACCGUGGCCAAGCUGACACUGGAAAACUUCUACAGCACUCUGCUCACCCAGCAUGAGGAACGCGAGAUGAGGCAGAAAAAGUUGGAGAAGGCAAUGGAAGAGGAGGGUUUACCAGAUGAGGAGAAAGUAAUGCGACGCUCCCAGCAUGCCCGUAAGGAGACCGAGUUUUUGCGACUGAAGAGGACGCGACUGGGCUUGGAUGACUUUGAGUCCCUUAAAGUUAUUGGACGAGGCGCUUUUGGAGAGGUGCGUUUGGUGCAGAAAAAAGACACGGGGCACAUUUACGCCAUGAAGAUAUUGAGAAAAGCAGACAUGCUUGAAAAGGAACAAGUUGCUCAUAUCCGGGCAGAAAGGGAUAUUCUGGUGGAGGCAGAUGGCGCCUGGGUGGUCAAGAUGUUUUACAGCUUCCAGGACAAGAGGAACCUCUACCUUAUCAUGGAGUUCCUGCCUGGAGGUGACAUGAUGACCCUGCUGAUGAAGAAGGACACUCUGUCUGAAGAGGCCACCCAGUUCUAUAUCGCAGAGACAGUUUUGGCCAUCGACUCCAUCCACCAGCUGGGCUUCAUCCACAGAGACAUCAAACCUGACAACCUGCUGCUGGACUCGAGGGGACACGUGAAGCUGUCAGAUUUUGGCCUGUGUACGGGACUGAAGAAGGCUCAUCGCACAGAAUUUUACAGGAACCUGACGCACAACCCACCCAGUGAUUUCUCCUUUCAAAAUAUGAACUCCAAGAGGAAAGCAGAAACCUGGAAGAAGAACCGGAGGCAGCUGGCUUAUUCCACUGUGGGAACGCCUGACUACAUUGCUCCUGAGGUCUUCAUGCAGACGGGAUACAACAAACUGUGUGACUGGUGGUCUCUGGGUGUCAUCAUGUAUGAAAUGCUCAUCGGUUAUCCACCCUUCUGCUCAGAGACUCCGCAGGAGACUUACAGGAAGGUGAUGAACUGGAAGGAAACCCUAGUCUUCCCACCUGAAGUACCCAUCUCAGAAAGGGCCAAAGACUUGAUAUUAAGGUAUUGCACUGAUGCUGAGAACAGGAUUGGAGCUGUGAGUGUGGAGGAGAUCAAGAGUCAUCCGUUCUUCGAGUCGGUGGAUUGGGAGCACAUCAGGGAGAGACCAGCAGCUAUCUCCAUUGAAAUCAAGAGCAUUGACGACACCUCCAACUUUGAUGACUUCCCUGAAUCAGACAUCCUUCAGCCAGCCAAUGCGACAGAGCCAGACUUCAAGUCAAAGGACUGGGUGUUCCUCAACUACACAUACAAACGCUUCGAGGGUCUGACUCAGCGAGGCACCAUCCCCACAUACAUGAAGUCAGGGAAGGCCUGACACACUCAACCAGGGUGAAAGCAUUUUGGAGAUAAAAAUGAACGUUUACGGACACAGGGUCGGGCACGGGAGCCCUGCUGGUGCUGAAGGCUGGGCUGUCAGCCUCUCAGUCUAAAUUUAACCCUCAUCACAAUUUAUUUAGGUCUGCUCAGCCGCCGCAAGAGAUAAAAAAUAAGGGUUCGAAAAAUAAGGAGCAUUACCGCAUUACCUCGGUUGUUUAUAUCGUGUACAUGUGCUGUCUUUAGCCAUAGCUCUCAGGCCAGCUCACUAACUAGGACACUAAAUCAGCAUAUCUGCAUGUUCAGCAGGAUAUUGCUUCUGGAGAGAAUUUUUUUAUACUGCCAGAGCUGAUGGUGCAAAUGAGUCUUGAUUACAAAUCACUCCUCUGACCUCUUUGCAUUGGUAAGUUUCAUCACUGGUGGCUAAAUUAGCUCUGAUGCAAAGAAUUCUUGAUACAGAAGACGUGCUCUAUACACUGUAGUCAAAGUCUGGAUUAUGGGUAAGAACAGGAACCCCUCAUUUGUUCUCUGUUCAUGGAUUUAAAGGAAUGUUCCAGCACGAUUUCCAGUGUUUUUUUGCUUCUGCUUCAGCUCACAAAAGCUUUAAGUGUGAAAAAUGUAUCUUAUAUUUUAGUUUCGUUUUUGGCUGGCAGAAGAAUUCUGUUUUGGUUUAACUGUUGGCUUGACUGGGUUGUGAUUAACAGGAGGUGGAGCCUGGUGUUAGGAAAAUGCCAGUAGAUCCCAAUGAAAGCUGGAAUCAAAAAUUGUCUGAGACAAUUGUCAGAAUGUGUAGAAUGACAGAAUUGUUGAUAUAUGCAUUUGGGUUAAAGAAUAGGCUUGCAGACAGAUUUUUAGCCAUGCUAGCGGUGUGGCUGGGAGUGUUAGUCCACCAUUUUGGUCCACACUGAAAUAUCACAAUAACUAUGAGAGAAAUUGCCAUGAAAUUUGAUACCGACAUUCAUGCCUCCCUCAGGAUGAUUUGUUAUAACUUUGUGAUCCCUUAAUUUUUCAUCUGUCACCAUCAUUGACCAAAUACUGUACCUCUAAAACUAAUGGCAUUCAGUCUCAGCUGUAACUUGCCACUGAAGUACAAUUUAGCAAAUGUUAGCAAGUUUUUAAACUAAACUAAGGGGGUGAA